AUGGGAGACCAAGCUCCAGUGUUGAGCAGUGCUUUUCCGCUGCCACCUAUGGCAUAUAUUGAACGCUUUUCAGAUGAAACCAAAGCACCUAAACCACCAGCUCCAAUUGUUGGUCCGUUCGAAUUGUUUGGUGCUUAUGUGAAUUUAAAUGAACAAGAUCCCAUUCCAACAUUAGAAUCUCAAAAUAUUCAACGUGUUUACACAAAGCCAGAUGAUUAUAAAGGUGAACUGAAAAAAUUAUGUUUUUCUAUCUUAACAAAUUAUCUUGACCUAUUGCAUAUUGUAUCAAAAUCAUCCAAUGUUCAAGCAAAAGAUGCGCCUGAGUUAUCAUUACGUGAACAAAAAUUAGCGGAAAUUGACCUAUUGUUUGUUAAUAUUCAUCAUCUGAUUAAUGAAUUACGUCCACAUCAAGCACGUGAAACUCUAAGAGUGAUAUUGGAAGAACAAAAACAACAACGUGUAAAAACAAGUGAAAAAUUGUAUUCAUUUUUAAAUCGAAUCGUUGAUGUUCUUAAUUCAGCUGUUUAUUCAUUGAAUGAUCUUGUACCUCAAUUAACAGAAGAGCAGAACUAA